AUGAUUACGCGCCUGGAUGCAGCAAGCGCACGGAAGCUGAGUGCAGGCCAGGUUAUUACGGAUCUCUCCAGUGUUCUAAAGGAGCUGGUAGAGAACAGCUUGGAUGCGGGGGCGCACACCGUCACGAUCCGCAUAGAUAAUUACGGUCUUGACAAGAUCGUUGUGCAUGACGAUGGUGGUGGCUUGGCAGUGGGCGAGCUGCUGAACAGCGACGGCACCUUGAAGGAUGGUGUUGUUGUGCCUCUGCUCGCGUGCCGUGCCACAACAAAGCACCAAUUGGAAGACAACAGAGCCGUGGCGCAGGUCCGCGACUCUCUGGGAUUUCGUGGCGAGGCAUUGCACUGCCUCGCUAACCUGAGCGAGGUAACCAUUCAUACCAUGACAACGGAAAGUCAGUCUGCAACAAUAACUAUUGCAUACGAAAGCAGGUCACAUCACACAAGCUUGCGAGCUACACAGGAACGCAAGAGCCCUGGGACAACAGUUGUGGUGGAGAAACUAUUCAGCGUUCUACCUGUGCGUCACGGGGAGUUUAACAAGAAGAAGAAGAAACAGCUCCUCGCUGCCACCUCACUCAUGAAGCAGUACGCCCUUUCCCAUCCACAUGUGCGCCUGCUGAUGACGCACCACUUGAACGCACAGAGCGCACCAUCCACGCUGGUCUCGCUGACAGGCACGAACGACAUCCACCGCGCACUGGCAGAGGCGUACGGCGGCCGCUACCUUGCUGACAUGAGACGGGUGGAGUGGAACUUGUCGUUUGGCACCCUCACUGGCUUUGUGUCAAAGGGGAACGGUGGACGAUUUUCUGCAGAUCUGCAGGUGUUGGCACUGGACGGAAGGCUUGUGGACCUUCCGAUGAUAUCGAAAGCUAUCAGCGAUGCGUACGCAGAGUGCCAGCCAAAUGCGGCUCAGCGUUUAUACCCUGUGAUUUUUCUGCACUUGACCUCUGGUGACAGUGUGCUCUAUGAUGUGAACUUGGCUCCCAACAAGCGGAAGGUCCUUUUGACGGAAGAAGAUAAGCACGCGGAGGAGGUGCGUUCGCGGGCAUUGCAUGAGUUCCGGGCAUCAACCGACAGCAUUGACGUGGACAGGCGCACACGUAUUGAACAAACACAGUUAAACGACUGGAGGGCUACCCAGUUAACAAAGCUCACUCGCACUCCUGUUUCAGCUACAUCACUCACUCAGUUCACGUUUCAGCGUGCUGAACCCGCAUUGUCUUUGUCGUCCCCUGACGGGCUUGCCUCGAGCACGGCGGAGCUGUCGAAGAUGUGCUCCUCCCUCUACCAGAGCCGGAUAGCGGAAACAACGAGUUCCUUGACGGGCACGAACCCAAGCACUAGCAGUAAUGACAGCAGUAGUUCUGCCUCUUCGCAAGGUUCUUUGGCGGAUGAUGCGUCUGACAGAGAUUCCAUUCCUAUGACGCGUGCACGGAAGCGUGAGCGUAUUGUGGACUCGUCAGAACCCGUUACUCAGUCAUUGGAAAGCAAGGACGAAAAUGAGGAUGACACCGCGUCAACCGUGUUCUUGACCGACGAGACGAACCAGCAGCGACCUGCCGGCCCUCGGACAAGUAUGCAAUUUCCUCCACUUAAGGAGUUGAUGCAGCAGCCAUUGAUUCAUGCUGCUGUGCCCGUUCAAAAAGAGCGGAAGCAGCGGGGGACGUUUGCUAGGAUCACGGAACAAACCGAGGAAGAGCUCGCAACACACCUCAACAAGGGCUCUUUUAAGGAUAUGAUUCUGCACGGGCAGUUUAACCAUGGCUUUAUUAUGGCUUCGUUUAAGGACGACAUGUUCGUGAUUGACCAACACGCUGCAGAUGAGAAAUUUAACUAUGAAUGCUUGAUGAACCAGUACAAAGCGAGGCCACAGCCACUCGUGGUUGCUGUACCGGUGCCGAUGGAUCCACAGGAUGUGGACCUGGCAAUACAUCACAGCAAUGUGCUGCGGCAGCACGGCUUCAUUGUGAAGCGUAGCGAGGACGCCAACAAGCUUUUAGUAUUGUCGGUACCCGUCCUUCAGUACGAGGUGGUGGGCCCGCACGACGUCAUGGAGCUGGUACAACAGUUGGCACUAUACGGCACCAUCAACAAGCCGAUGCGCAGUGUUUGGCACUCUAUGGCGACGAAGGCAUGUCGCUCGAGUAUUAUGAUUGGCACAGUCCUAACUGAGAAGACUAUGCGUUCUGUUGUGAGCCGACUGAGUGAGCUGGAGCAACCUUGGAAUUGCCCUCAUGGACGACCCACAUUGCGUCACGUCGCUCGUAUCUCGUCCUUUAUGGUUGCAGGAGAGGCCGAUCUUUCAAUGUGA